GAAGAGGAGAGGAGAUGAGAGGAGGGGCUGUGCUGUUCCGUGCUGCACCGUGCAGCCACUCACUUCUGCCUCCAACCUCCACCUUCCAUCCCUGAACUUGUCCCGCGUGGGGAUGGAUGCUUUACCCCUCGAUCCGUCCUCCUAAAGUAUCGGAGGAAUGGUGUAUCUGUGGAAAACCUCCGGUAAUUGGAAUGUCUAUGGGCGUCGAUGAUGUUUGCAAUUGGUGACUGCAGAAAUUUCCAGCGUGUCGGAGAGUAGACAGACCACAGCUUUAGUGGUGCGCUUUUGGAGAAGAAGAAGAAGAAGAAGAAGAAUGGACAUGUGAAUGAGAUUUUUUUGUUGUUGUUGAUAUUUUUAUUUUUUUUUUAUUUUGCGGCUGAAAUCAUUGCUUUGGCUGUUUUGGUUCACUCAAGUGUAAACGGUAAAUUGUCACAAAGUCUCACAAGUGAAAAAAGGAUUGAUUGGUUAAUUGAUUGCUUGCUUUUUUUUCCCGUUAGAGGUGGAAUUCAUGCGCCGAUAAGCUUCCGGGGCCAAUAUGCCAGAAUGGGUCCUCUACAGUAUUUAUUUCUCUGUGGACUUCUGUACACCCAAACCGAAGGGUCUCGUCUACGCCAGGAGGACUUCCCUCCUCGCAUUGUGGAGCACCCCUCUGACCUCAUUGUGUCCAAAGGGGAACCAGCCACCCUAAACUGUAAGGCAGAGGGACGUCCAACCCCUACGGUGGAAUGGUACAAAGAUGGGGAGCGCGUUGAAACUGACCGCGACAACCCUCGCUCACACCGUAUGCUGCUGCCCAGUGGGUCUCUCUUCUUUCUACGUAUCGUCCAUGGGCGACGAAGCAAACCUGACGAUGGCAGCUACGUUUGCGUGGCCCGCAACUAUCUUGGAGAGGCCGUAAGCCGGAACGCAUCUCUAGAAGUAGCAUUGUUGCGCGAUGACUUCAGACAGAACCCGCAGGAUGUUAUUGUAGCAGUCGAGGAGACUGCGAGUCUCGACUGUCAGCCUCCACGUGGACACCCUGAACCCACCACCUUCUGGAGGAAAGAUAAGGCUCGUCUGGACCUCAAAGAUGACAGGAUCACAGUUCGUGGAGGAAAGCUGACCAUCUCAAAUGCCAAGAAGAGUGAUGCAGGAAUUUAUGUGUGUGUGGCAAACAACAUGGUUGGAGAGCGAGAAAGUGAAAAAGCCCAACUAUCAGUGUUUGAAAGGCCAGUGUUUGUGCAGCGUCCCGUGAACCAGGUGGUCUUAGUUGAUGAAAGUGUAGAGUUCAGAUGUCAGGUCCAUGGUGACCCUCCGCCUACAUUGCGCUGGAAAAAAGAGGACACGGAUGUUCCCCGCGGCAGGUAUGACAUCAGAUAUGAAAAAGAGGAUUUCCUGCUAAGGAUAAAGAAAGCAUCAGUCAGUGAUCAGGGAACUUUCACCUGCCAAGCUGAGAACCGUGUGGGUAAAGUGGAAGCCUCUGCCUACUUGACGAUCAGAGCUCGCCCCGUUGAGGCACCCCAGUUUGUGGUGCGACCCCGUGACCAGAUUGUGGCACAAGGACGAACAGCUACAUUUCCCUGUGAGACCAAAGGCAAACCUCAGCCCACUGUCUUCUGGCAACGAGAGGGCAGCCAGGAUCUUCUGUUCCCCAACCAGCCGAUACAGGGAGACAGCCGUGUGUCUGUAUCUGUCAGUGGAGAGCUGACCAUCUCAUCUGUACAACGCUCUGAUGCAGGUUAUUACAUCUGUCAGGCCCUCACUGUAGCAGGCAGCAUCAUGGCCAAGGCCCAGCUGGAGGUAGCAGACGCCCUGAAGGACCGCCCACCACCCAUAAUCCGACAGGGGCCUUCUAACCAAACGCAAGGGCUUGGAGGUGUGACCCUACUUCGGUGUCAAGCAUCAGGGGACCCAGAGCCUACAGUAACCUGGAGAAAAAAUGGGGCCAGUCUGCUUGGAAAGGAUCCACGGUUUUCACUCCUGGAACAUGGCAGCCUCCAGAUUCAAAAUACCAAGCUGUCUGACUCCGGGUUGUACACCUGUGUUGCUACGAGCUCCAGCGGAGAAACAUCAUGGAGCGCUUACUUGGAUGUCAGAGAAUCGACCGAUCUCAUAGAUUUCAUGUCUCACAAUGCCACGGCACUCCCCGGCCCGCCCUCUAAGCCAGAGGUCACUGAUGUUACCAAGAGCAGUAUCUCAUUGUCAUGGGAACCAGGGCCAGAGGCGGGCUCCCCCGUGUCCUCCUAUGUCAUCGAGGCCUUUGGUCAGUCUGUGAGUAACAGCUGGCAAACAGUGGUGGACCAUGUGAAAACCACAGAGUUUACAGUCAGAGAUCUGAGACCGAAUACUGUCUACCUGUUCAUCAUCAGGGCCGUUAAUGCUCAGGGGCUUGGAGACCCCAGCCCUAUGUCUGAGCCUGUCCGAACACAAGACAUUAGUCCCACAGCACAGGGAGUGGACCAUCGUCGGGUGCAGAAAGAGUUGGGGGAUGUUGUGGUCAGCAUGCACAACCCUGUGGUCCUUAGUUCCACAUCAGUGCAAGUCACAUGGACUGUGGAGAAUCCCUCCCAGUUUAUUCAAGGCUACCGUGUUCUGUACCGGCAGACAUCAGGACUGCCCUCCCCAGGGCCAUGGCAGAUACAAGACUUGAAGGUCGCCUCAGAGAGAGACAUAACUCUCUCUGGUCUGAAGAAAGGCAUCGUCUAUGAGAUUAAAGUGCGCCCAUACUUCAAUGAGUUCCAGGGUGCAGACAGUGAAUCCAUGACUGCUCGCACCAUGGAAGAAGCUCCCAGUGCACCUCCCCAGCAAGUGGUAGUAUUGACAGUAGGAAACCACAACAGUACAUCCAUCAGCGUGUCAUGGGACCCUCCUCCCUCAGACCAACAGAACGGCAUCAUCCAAGAGUACAAGAUCUGGUGUUUGGCCAAUGAAACCCGCUUUCAUGUCAAUAAAACUGUGGAUGCAACCAUCCGUUCAGUUGUUGUCGGGGGUCUGCAGGCUGGAGUGCAGUACCAUGUGGAGGUAGCUGCAGGCACAAGCGCAGGGGUGGGGGUCAAGAGCAAACCCCAGCUCAUCAUCUUGGGUGCAGAAUUACGGGACGUAAUGACGGGAUCAGAGGGCAACAAUAGCAUUUCAGAUGUAGUGAAGCAGCCAGCCUUUAUUGCUGGACUGGGAGGGGCUUGCUGGAUUGUCCUUAUGGGCUUCAGUGCCUGGCUGUACUGGAGGAGAAAAAAGAGGAAGGGACUCAGCAACUAUGCAGUUCAGUCCUUUACCUUCACACGUGCAGUGACAUUCCAAAGAGACAGAGGCCUGAUCAGAAAUGGAAGCCGCCCUGGUCUGCUGAAAGCAGGUGACCCUGGCCUUCCCUGGUUGGCUGAUUCCUGGCCAUCCACAAGUCUCCCAGCUAAUGGGGGCUUAGGCAGUCCAAAAGGCAACAACAACUUUGGCCGAGGAGAUGUGUUACCGUCGGCUGCUGUGGAGAAAACGGGCACCAUGCUGUCUGAUGGUGCCAUCUACAGCAGUAUUGACUUCAUGGGGAAGGCAGGUUACAGCAGCCCAGCGCGAGGCAGUCAGCCCACCCCCUAUGCCACCACUCAGAUACUCCAGUCUAACAGCUUCCAUGAGCUGGCUGUGGAUAGACCAGAUCCCCGCUGGAAGGCUUCUCUCCAAGCCCAGCAGGAAAUUGCAAACCUGGGCUACUCGCUAACUGACAGACGCCCUGGAAGUGGUGCAAAGGUUGGGAAGAAAAAGAAGGUAAAGGGUGGAACAAAGACCUCUAAAUCAAAUGGGACAUGUUGGGCGAACAUGCCUCUGCCUCCACCACCCAUGCACCCUCUCCCUGGUACAGAGGUUGACCUUGACCGUUACCCCCAGGAAAACCAUGGAGGAGGAUAUGACAGCAACAGUUGGGCACCACCCAUUUCUGUCCAGACCUACCGUCAUCAGAAUCUGGACAAUGAAGUCGAGGAAGAGCGAGGCCCCACUCCUCCACUGAGGGGAAGAUCCUCAUCACCAGCAGCUGCUCCCUUCAACCAGCCAUCCUCUUCUUCUCUCAGCUCAGCUCACCAUGAAGAGAUGCAGUCUAUUCUGCAGGCCCACUUGGAUGAGCUGACCAGAGCUUACCAAUACGAAGUGGCCAAACAGGCAUGGCACAUGAAGAGUACUCCAAAUGUGCCCAACACCCCCAUUCCUCCAAUGGAGUUCAUGUCCAGUACACUCGGCUCUGAUCUGGGUGCCACGCUGCUUUCUGAAGAAGACGAGGAGGAGGAGGAGGAAAGAUAUGCUGUAGUGUCAAAGAAUUUAUGUGGCUUUGAGUACACCCCUGGUCACAGCGUGGACAACCUUGAGGGCUCAGGUAAAACCUCACAGAGUCGUUCAGACACCUCGGCCACAUCGGACCACGGUGCAAAGAGCUCACAUAGCCUUGGCCACAAGAGGGCGCCACUGACAGGCCUCAAACACACAGAGAAAGUUGGGACUCUGCCGAGACGAAGAGACACCAACACAGAUGCAGCCCACACGUCGGCCAUGAAGUCUUUACACAGCGUGGGUUCCCGUAUGAACAGCUCGUGGGCGCCUGCAUCCUCCGACCCCUCUGAGGAGUGCAUGGUGACUGUGUCGACACUGGAGCGGCAGCAUAUGGCGUCCUGGAGUGGCACAACCGCAUCUGGCAGAGCCACCCUGGGCAGGAGUUCCCACAAGAGACCUGGCACAGAUCCAUCGGGACAUCCACCAACACACAGCACAGAGAAGAGGGAACAUUAGUCUUUGUGAAGCCUUUCCCUGCAGUUGCUGCCUGUCCCAGGACACCUUGUUUAUAAGCGCUAUGAGAUAUUCUCUCUGCAAGUAACACUGAAUGAUGUUUGGAAGUUGGAAAGGAGACAGAACGAAGACAGAGAGACAAAGUGUGAGAUAAAAUGCAGAGCUGUAAAUGUCAUGUACAGACACAGACACCAGUCACAGUGUUAUUUUCAUCCCCCUCUUCAAAAGAGUAAACAGUAUGUUAUACAGUAUGUCUGCUUCUAUUUCCUGUCACAUGGUGUACUUCAAUUGACACAGUGGAGAUGAUGAAGAAUCACGACAAAAUGACUAAUUAAAAUGAAAGGACUUGCAUAAUUUGUAAAUAUAUUUUUUAAAUGGUUUCUCUUUUACUUUGCUUUGCUAUGCAAGCCAAACCCGAUGUUGUCUUUUUUUGUGAUUUAUUACUGUGAAUCAUUUUUCAUUAAUGCUCAAACUGUUAGCUUACUUUGGUGAAGCUACUGUAUUGUUGUACUUUGCACAGAGCGUUUUGGUGAAAAUAAGCACAAACUCAUUGUCAGCUGAGCUGAGGAGAAGAAUCAUAAUGGCAAAGAGGGAAAUCUAUGUUGAACAGAACUUAAACAGAAAAUAUACUGUACACUUGGCUGUUAAUUGUUCUGAAUUAUACCCAUAUAUUGAGAGACAUAAGGAAUAAACAGGUAAAUACUUCGGGAAUAAUGGGCCAGAAUAAGAAUGCUGUUAUGUGUUGUAGUAACGGUGGUUCUUAACAGCGCAAGAACAUGUGUUGAUGGUAAGAAAGCAGCACAUCUGCUAUAAUAUCCAAAGCAAUGCCAUACAAAAUAAGUAUGUGUCUUCUCUGCCAUUCCCAAAAGAGUGUGUUAAUAGGAAUAUAUAUACAGUAUAUUUUCAUUUUGAUCAUUCUUUAUCAAUUACAUACAAAAGAAACUUGAUGAUUGUGCAAUAUAUAAAGGAUAAUAGAACAGUAACGGGAAAUGUGUCACUGGAAGGUAGUUGGUAGAAGCCACCGGCCUUGGUGAGGUGGAAACAGAUAUGUACAAAUCUCCUCACAGUACCCGAAGACAAACACAUUUCAGGGUUUAACUAUAGAUGAUGUUAAACACCACAGUAAUUCUACCAGAUCUGUUCCUAUGUGCUACAUUGUUGAGUGGUUAAUGGGUUGCACUAUCGUCUUACAAAGAUGUAUAGAAUUGACUACCUGCCAGAAAUGAGGAUCUUUGGGACACCUUUUCCAGAUUGAAAUGAAGCCAAUUAGCAUUUUCUGCCAAUGAGAUUCACGAUGCAAUGUCUUUACACUUGUUUGGAUGGUUUUGUUUUGAUCAUUGUUCUGGUAAUGGCUCUCCCUUUGAAGAAUCUUUACUUGCCAGAUUGGUUUGCCCUCAGGAAUACACAGCCACAUACAGUAGGGCAGUUUUUCAAUCCUUUGAUGCAAAAUAAAAUGUGUAUGUGAAAC